AUGACGAGGUACGGCUCUCUUAUCGCCGCCAUUCUGACCUUGUUCCAGGCAUGCUCUGCCUCCAUAUGCGGCGCAGCACCUGAGGCACCCUGGGCAUGCGCGGACUACGAGAACGACUGCCUUGCUGGAAGGGCUGCCGAACCAUGUGUGUGCCUUAAAGGCUAUCACCAUGUUGGCAAGGAGAGCUGGUCUCCUUCAAUUCACAAGAAUUACGAGUUUACAUGCUGCCCGGGAGAGGGCAAAGGCAACAGCUGUGGUGAGGAUAGCUACGUCCAGGUUAUAUUCCCUUCCCUGCUGGGUGUUGGUUUACUUGGAGUCACCAUAAGCACCAUCGUCAUCCAACGUCGGCAAGGUCUCGCGCCUUUGACAAAGGAAGACCUCGCGGUCACAGAGAACCCCGUGAUGCUUGAUGGUUCAAGGCUGCAUCAAAUGGUCGAGAAAAGCAUGUGGUGCGUAACGCUCGACGACUUGAGACAAUUUGGUCGCCUUGUUCGGCACGCCAUUGCAAAAGGAGCAAUUCAACCCACAGACCAAGAUCCAUUUGACACUGCAGACAUCAGGAUUGGCCCAUCCGUGUACACGGUCACCAUGCAAUACAUCAAGCCAGUGACUGCUGCAGCCGGCAACCCGAGCUGGGCAUUAAUGAAGCACCCGAAAGGAUUAGUGUGUGACUUGUUCAUUACGCAUGGAUGGGCUGAGGGCAUUUUCGAAUUUGUGGACCAGGUGGUGAACUCAUGGCCACCGGGUGCAAAAAGUGCGUACGUUUGCUUCCUGUCCAACCCACAGAAUCUGGACAUUGCAGAGAUGAUAGCAAAUCCCGAAGAGUCGCCUUUUGCCAAAGCGCUGGCGUCAGCAACAGAGGUCCUGGCAGCACCAAACCGGAAAGAAAGCAUCUAUCAGAGAGCCUGGUGUUGUUUUGAGGCCUACCUGGCAUACAGCUGGGGCAAGCCGAUUUACACCGCCUUUUCUCCGCCACCACAUUUCUGGUCGAAGUCAUUGCGUGCAUCGAGCUGGGCAUUGCUCAUGUUGGGCACCUGCGUCAGCGUGGUGAUGAUCGGGAACAGGCAGUGGGCACUGGUCAAGGCCAGUCAUAUCAACUUGAUGACGCCCAUUUUUGCAGGCCUGGCGGCUCUUUGCGGCUGUAUGUUCACCUUCUUGAUGAGGGCGGGCAAGUGUCACUGGAAGCUCACUGAAGCUGCAGUCUUUGGAUGCAGCACCUUUACUGCAUGCUAUGUAGCAACCUACACCUUCGACAACUCUCUAAGAAGGCCUGCGUGCUUCGUGCCCAUGUUCAUGGCUCCGAUUUGUGCCUGGGCGCUGGAGUGCGAUCGGCUUAUGGGUUUGGAGGCUGCCAAGCAGGCCAGGCACUUGCGUGCCGGAUUCACGGGAAAAAUCCGUGAUGCGAAGACCUCCAACCCGGUUGAUGGUGAGCAGAUACUGAACAGCAUUGAGCGCAGUGGAUUGGAAGCGGCUGUCGAUGAAGCCGUGGCGGUGCUUCUUCGGAUGUAUCUGUCCACCCCAACGCUACGCCAUGCCACAGCAGUCGCGGGGACAUUGGGAAAUGGACUGAACUGGAGCCGCAGCAUCUUUGCAUACAGCAUGUGGCUCUGGCUUCUGCAGGCCUUCAAUACUCCCUUGUGGCGGACUGAGCCAGGGUUUGAAUGGAUCCCGCCAGUGGCCGGAGUGGAAGUCGUCCUUAUGGGCAUUCUUCCGCAGCUGCAAGCCCGAGACCGAAGGCCUUUUGCUAACAGAGCCCAGUCCCUUCUGCUGCUCUUCGUUCCCUUGUUCAUUCCGGGCAUCAAUCUUGGAGGCAAGUGGAGGGAUGCUAUUUUGCACGCUGCUGCGGCUCCUUUGAUGAUCCUGGUUGCUGCUGCCGGGCCCAGGUACACCGCACGCUUCCCGCUGUUGGGCCCCCCGAUCGUCCGCUUGUUGUUUGGACGCAAUCCCUUCCGGCGAGAGACGGAGGGCCAGAAGGGAGACGCUGCGGAACCCACAGCAUCAGGGGGAGCACAAGCAGCCGAAGAGGAAGAUGACUUUGUUUCACUUUGA